CCGCAGGCCGCCCGCCGGCCCGUUUUGCCUUGUCUACUUAAAACUCUUGUUUUAAAAAGAAAAACGUGGAAAUUCUAGUUGAUAUUUGACUUGUUUACUGACUAGCCAUUCACCGAGAUAGGCGAGGGGAAGAAAAAUUAAAAAUGGCGAAAAGCAGAUUAGUCACCGUGUCGGCCCUGCAAUUCGCUUGCACCGACGACGUAUCCACCAACAUCGACACGGCCGAAAGAUUGGUUCGAGCAGCUCAUAAGAAAGGGGCAAAUAUCAUUCUUAUUCAGGAAUUAUUUGAGGGUUAUUACUUUUGCCAAGCACAAAGGGAAGACUAUUUCCAGAGAGCUAAACCCCGUAAUGAACACCCCACUAUAUUGAGGAUGCAGAAUCUGGCCAAGGAAUUGGGAGUAGUGAUACCAGUUAGCUUCUUUGAGGAAGCAAACAAUGCACAUUAUAACUCGAUAGUUGUUAUUGAUGCUGAUGGGACUGAUCUUGGACUUUACAGAAAAUCACAUAUUCCAGAUGGGCCAGGCUACCAGGAGAAAUUUUACUUCAAUCCAGGCGACACUGGUUUUAAGAUGUUCCAGACCAAGUAUGCCAAAAUUGGAGUAGGUAUAUGCUGGGAUCAGUGGUUUCCAGAGGCGGCUCGAGCCAUGGUACUUCAAGGUGCAGAAAUAUUGUUUUAUCCGACUGCUAUUGGUUCUGAACCUCAAGAUGAUGGCCUAGAUUCUCGGGACCACUGGAAACGGGUGAUGCAGGGCCAUGCUGGUGCUAAUGUGGUGCCUUUAGUAGCUUCAAACCGCAUUGGUAAGGAGAUUAUAGAGACGGAGCAUGGCAAAAGUGAGAUCACUUUUUACGGGAAUUCAUUCAUAGCAGGGCCCACCGGUGAAUUAAUUGCUGAAGCCAACGAUAAGGAAGAAACCGUUCUUGUUGCACAAUUUGAUUUGGACAAAAUAAAAUCCAAGAGAAGUAGUUGGGGGAUUUUUCGCGAUCGUCGGCCGGAUUUAUACAAGGUGCUCUUGACUUUAGAUGGCAGCAAUAUUUCCUGUUGAUUCUUCCAUUGUUCUGUUUGCGUAUGCUUGGUGCUAAACUUGAAAGACAGUUUAGACUUUUCUGUUUGUGUUGCUUAUUUGAAUAAAGUCAUGGUACAUUAGUUGAAUUGAGGUCAAUAUGUCCAAGCCUCAGCCCCUUGCGCGAAUGCUAUCCAUUUUGGAUAACUUUGUGCACAAUUUUAUUGUACUAGAUUGAGAAUCUUUUAUGUCCCGAUAUUCUUUCACAAUCACGCAUCAGUUUGAAUUAUGUCUGCUUCACAAUAUCUUUGAGAAUGAUGUAUAGCCAUGUUUUUCCUUCCUUUUUUCUCACAUUUUUAUUUUCUGAUUGUUUUUUAAUACUACAGGAUAAAUGUGAUUCGCGACGGGUGUAUUUAUUUGGGA